AACAGAAGGCCCAGUGGAUCAUUGUGAGUGCUAGAAAAAAAAAAAAACCAAAACCGAAUUCCAAAACGCAAUGUGGCAAAGUGAUUGCCAUCUCAGCUACUCCAAAAUCGGGCGAAACCAGGUGACUUCGAGACCUAAUCCCAAUCCGAUCCGGCUGUAAAAACCCGCCGCAGGUCGCCGAUUACGGACAACCAGUCUGCCGCCACAUCCAAUGUCGGUUCGAGUAUAAAAGAUAUAUCGCUGUAGAAAAGUAACCAUAAGCCAGCUGCAAAGGAGGAGCAGUAGGAGUGGGCGUUGGCGUUGGAGUUGGAGGAGCAGCUGGACCCACAUGGCGCCCUUCAAGCUCAAGUUCCGGAUGGGCAGCUCGCGGAGCACCUCGCAGGAGCACGACCCGGAUCCGCAGGUCAACGAGGCGCUUCUUGGCGCCCAGCAGCAGCAGCACCAGCAGCAGAGCCAGCAUCCGCAUCCGCAUCCGCAGCCACUCCAGGAGGCGGUGGAGGCCAGCAGCAGCUCCAGCCUCGAUCUGGCGGACUCCAGCAGUCUCGGCCAGCUGAGCAGCGAGCGCAAGUUGCUCCUGCCGCCCACCACCAACAGCAUGCGACUGGGCUACCUUAACCAGAGCCGAACUCCGUGCAUCAACGAGUCAUUGACGGAUCCGGAUGCGGACACCGUGCCCACCACCCCACCGCCUUCCUACGAGCAUGUGCUAGAAGAGAACACUCGGCUGUCCCAGCACCAGCGACAGUUGUCCCUGGACAGCGCCACUCCCAACCAGAACAGCCGGCGCAGCUCGGCGAACAGCUCGCGGCACAGUGCCGUCCAGCUGAGUGCCGCCUUGGAGCAGCUGGCCGGGAAUGGCGGCGCCAUCUGCAAUGACCCGGACUGCAGGCAGAACCUGAACAACAACGGCACCGCCAGCCACGGCAACCACAACCAGAGUAACCAGAACAACCAGAGCAGCCAGAACAACCAGAGUAUCAACAACAACGACGGGGAGCAGAUCUUCGAGGGCGUCACCGAACUGGAGCUGCGGAGCGACGACGAGGAGCAGCUGAGCAUCAACGAGUUCCUGCUGGAGACGGAGAUGGCGGCCUCACCGUCCCGCCGUCCGGAGGAGCGGUAUGCGGGGGCCGGGGAGGACGAGGAGCAGGGUGGCCAGUGCCAGGACGACCAGUGUGCCCAGUGCAGCGAGGAGCGGGCCUGCGGCGAGGGCGGUGGCCAUGGGGCGACCUUCGACGGGGAUGCGGCCAGCACCAGCAGCCAGGCGGCGGCCUCGUCCGCAGGUGGCCACAACUUCUACGAUCCGCUCCUGAAUCGCGGCAGCUAUGGCAACUACAGCGAGGGUGGCAAUGGAAGUUCUGGAAAUGGUUCCAGCAACGGGCAGUUGUGCCAGGAGGCUUGCUGCACCGGCUCCGCCUCCGGAUCGACUGCAUCCCGCAGCGGACUCAGUGGUCGGCGGCAGCAGAAGCAGCAGCAGCAGCAGCAGAGUCAGUCGCCCAAUUGCCACACCAGCCUGCUCACGCCGGAGAUGAUGAGCAACAAGACGAGCAAGGAGAUCUACAAGGACCUGGCCAAACAGUGGGGCAUCACCUGCAAAAUGUCGGAGAGUUGUCGCUGCAUGGACUGUCAGAGUCACUACUUCGACUGCGACUACGAUGAUAACGAGCACCAGAAGACGGAUGGCGGACUGGGCGCUGGCACGCCCAUGUUUAUCAGCGAGGUGAUGCACGGCUCGGGAUGCAACAUAUUGUAGGGGGUCCAUUCAAUCCGAUGGACACAUCCCCCGGGGAUUUGCUGAACAACUACAAUUAUUUAUCCGUAUUGUACGUGUUGGGAAAUGACGUCAUUUCACGCAAUUAGCACUGAAUGUUUGCACAUUAUUUUAAGGUAAUGCUGCACUGAUAUACGUUAUUAUAGGGGAAAUCGGGUGGAACAUUUGUGGAUUGCCAAUUGGCCAGCCGCUUUAGAGGCUUUAAAUUUGGGGGACAAAGAGAAACUACCAUCGAAUCAGGCGGUAAAAAUAUACAUAUAUUUUUGGUGUUAGCCGUAGGACUUAGGAGCAUUGGUAUGAACAAUUAGAACGGGAGGGGAAUUAUGAGGUUACGAAAUUAAUUGAUAGGUAAUUCUACCCACCUUGCAAACGAACAUCUAAAUAUCCUUGCAGUGUGUUCUUUUCUAGCAGUGCAUAUUUGGAGGUUUAUAUAUCCCAACCUUUUGAGCUUGUCAUUUCGACUCCUUCAUAAGUAUUUCCCUUUGCUGCUUUGUCCCCCCUCCGCAAUGUUUAUAUGUAUUUUUCUAAGUGUACAGAAGAGGUCAGGAGCUAGAUGAGUGGCAUUCCAGUGCCCUACUCUCCAGAACAAAACUCAAAAGCGUUUUCAAAACAAUUUGGCAGAGUUCUAGGCGAAAGUACUUGAAAAUAGAUGACACUGCUAGUCAAUGAUAAUUAUAUCCACAUAAAAAAAAAACAAUAGAGUAAGGAAGUCGGCACUAUUGUGUCCGUUUUUAGACCCAAAUCGGAAAACAAAAUGCCUAGGCACUCUGCAAAUGCGAAAGUUAACUUCAUCGAAAUGACGAUACGAACCUUAAUUAUUUACUCGAACAAACGAAUAUGCAAAACUUAGUCUGAGGGUUAAUAUGGUCCUGAUUUAGAAUCGUUGCUUUAUGUGUAUGCUAAAAAUAAAUUUGCGAAGAUGAAGCUGGUUUCACUCGACAAAUCCACUUGAUUCUAUCUUUGAAAAUGUCAGUUAGGCAGGAAAACACACAGAAACGAACAAUUGAACGAUGAGCAAGCAAAAACCGACUAAGUCUGUUAGCUGUUAGAGGGAAUUAGAAAAAUUACAUGUAGAAUGCGAAAUCGAACCACAAAAUAGGAGGAAAUUAAAUACAUUUUCCAAUAGCUGUGUAAGAGGAGAGCCCAAAACUCGUAUCAGCAUAGAAAUAAAUUCGAAAUGG